AUGGUGGGUGGUGGAUGGUGUAUGGUGGGGAGUAAUAGUCACGUGUGCGUCGCGUCACCUGAAUCAGGUGAAUGCAGAGCCGACGUUCAAUUUCGCGAGCUAAUUGUUCAUAACGGAAGGUCAUAUCCGGAGGACGCGCCGCCUGCGCUCCCGGCGAGAUUAGGCGCCGUGCCGCACUGCCGCCGCGCCGUCGUGCCGUUGUGCCGCCGUGCCCGCGUGGCCCGUGCCGACUUGCAUAUGAAGAUGAGUGUCAACAAGCGUUCGCCUCUCAGCGAUUCGGAGAGACCCGCCGUCUCUGUGACAGACAUGGAUCCCGUCAUAGAAGAAAACGACAAUGACAGCGACGAGUCUUCGUACUCUGACGUAGGGCGUCUCCGUGAGCGGACCCAGGCUAUGCUGUCUCCAGGUCUGGAGCCUCUCCUGAACUCAUCCUCGUUGCCGAACAGCCGCCGUAUGUCCAGCGACGCCGAUCAGAAGUUGGUUGCGAAUCUUAAUACCAGGCGUCCAUCUGCAAUCAUAGCCGCUUUCCGAAGACCAUCUCAAGCCCUGGCGUUAUGUGCUGCCACUCAGAGAAGGUUCCUAUCAGAGCUGACUCCUCACUCCAGGACUUCGGUAGCUUCACAAGAACAUCCACCUACAACAGUCGAUAUCAUGGGCAGUGAGGCUCUAAGCAAGGCUCUGUCCGCGCUGUAUGCCAAGUUGCUGGUGGUCCUCGGCUUGGCCUUCCCCGUCACUGAAGUUAUUGCAAAAGGUGUUCCCGACGCUUACUACCAGGGCUUUUAUUUAUAUUUAUAUUUAGUGUCCCUCGUAUUCAUAAUAUUUCUUUACGCUGACCUGAUGAGGGAGAAGGCAUUUAAUAUGAUUAUUAAUAGUCGAGAUGGAACCCACAAUGAAGACAAAAACACUCCCGGUAAAGCGACACCUAAAGAGAAGAUAAAACAAAAGGAAACGAUAUCUCGUUACGGCAGUUUUUACUUAAGACUCGGAGCUAUUGCGUUCGGUAUCGGGUCGAUGGUGUACAGCGGCUUGGAGUUCGGUGAAUAUUUUGAGAUGACCGACCGAUGUCGAUCAUUCCUAUCAGCAUUGACACCAGCCCUCCGCAUGGCCCUGACUCUCGCUCAAAUGCAGUUCAUAUUUCUAACGAACAAAGACAUCGAAGCCGGCAGUCACAAAAUGAUUCAGAGGUUCGGUUUCAUGCAUAUGAUAGCGACGAAUCUAUGCGAAUGGUUAUACGUACUAGUUGAAGAGACGAAACAUGAAAUACAUCACUUGGAGCACUCUCUCGUCUCGAAACAGAAUGUAACCUUGAAUAAAUCAAAUGAGAUACCAUGUCGAAGAUCAAACGUGAUGGGUGCGCUGGUUCAUAACGCCUCCCCGUUCCUCUUCCCUUGUACGAUCGAGUACUCCCUUAUCUGCGCUGUCAUAUUAUACGAAAUGUGGAAAGAGGUUAAGUGUACUCCAGAGGAUAUCGAAAAGAAGCUCAAUUACCCUAAAAAUAAAUCGCGUAACAAUUCAGUGACGCCGGAGAAAAUUUUGCAGCAGUUUGCCAACAUGCUGGGAGUCAGUUCUCCUCACGGCAGCCACACAGCUCUGCAUCACUUCUCAGUGGAUUGUUCUCACGCUCACCGCGGUCUCUUCUCCGGGAUCCUUCUCAUUGUGCUCACCAUCAUCUCCUUAAUCAUGUUUUUCGUCUUAGCUCGUACUCCUGAAACGGUUAAUGACGCCAUAUUCGAGGUCAACGUUUGUGAACUGAUACUAUACACUUUGACAAUUCUGGCAUCAGCUGCUGCUUUAAAACAAAUGAGAGUUCUGCCAUACAAAAGGAAAUCUAGAGCGGUGUUAUGUCUCGACACGUCAUUACUGAUCCUGGCUCAGUCUGGCAUGUUCAUAUACUGUAUGUUCAGCCUCAUCGGUUGUCAUCACACUAUGAACCACAGUAACGGCGCGGGACUCACUGGAUUCUUUUCAGAAUUUCUAUCCCUUAAUCAGACCAUACUCCAGUCGUUGUUUAUCAUCGAUGCCUGGUGGAGACGCAGUGCCACGUCUGAGCAACGGAGGAAGAAACCUGGCAGGCAGCUUGUGACUUUCUUACUAGUUGCUAAUAUGGCGAUGUGGGCCAUUAACACAUUGGAGAAGAAUCGAGCAGAAUUCCGUCCAGCACACCUGGUCUUCUACGGACCCUGGGCGUGGACCAUCAUCACGCACACGUCCAUGCCUCUCGCGAUAUUCUACCGCUUCCAUUCCACUAUCUGUCUCUUCGAAAUAUGGAGGAACAGCUACAAGAACAAACCGAUCUACUUGGAUGUUUGA